UUAAAUUAAGCGAAUAUAUGACAUCAUGGAUCAGUGGAUGAUAGUGGUCGCAUUGUUUUCAAUUCUAUUCGUUUUGUUUUAUAAGUGGUCGGUGGCUAAAUAUGAAAUAUUCAGUGAAAGGGGCGUGGCACAUGAAAAACCAUGGCCUCUAAUCGGUAAUAUACCCAUCAAAGCCAUGUUUGGUCGAGUUCCGGUGCUUAAACAUAUGAUCGAGCUCAAUUUAAAGUAUACGGGAUCGCCGGUAUAUGGGAUUUAUGCUCUAAGAGAUCCCAUGUUCUUCAUUAGAGACCCCGAGCUUAUCAAACUAAUUGGUAUCAAGGAAUUUGACCACUUUGUCAACCAUCAUAGCAUGCACAAUAAUAUGCAGGAAUCGAUUCUCUCGAAGAGCCUUAUUUCCCUGCGAGAUGGUCGCUGGCGGGAGAUGCGUAAUAUCCUGACACCCGCCUUCACAGGCAGCAAAAUGCGGAUAAUGUUCGACCUGAUCAAGUCUUGCAGCGAGGAGGGGGUCGUGCACAUCCGGGAGCAGGUGGAGAGUACGAGGGACGCGGGCAUCGACCUGGAAAUGAAGGAUUACUUCACGCGAUUCGCCAACGAUGUAAUAGCAACCGUGGCUUUCGGACUCAGCAUCAACUCGUUCAGGCGCAAAGAUAACGAGUUCUUUCGGAUCGGACAGUCCUUGUCCAAGAUUAGCGCCUGGUCGGUGGUCAAGGCCAUGCUGCACGCCCUUUUCCCACGGCUAAUGAAGUUACUUCGCAUCCAGGUGUUGGACUCCACGUACGUUGAUUACUUCAGCAGUCUGGUCAAUGUAACGAUGAAGUACAGACAGGAGCACAAAGUGAUCAGACCAGACAUGAUCCACCUGCUGAUGGAAGCCAAGCAGCAGAAGCUGGCCGAUCUGCAGGAUCAGUCGAAGGAUGCUCGAUACUAUGCCGAAUUCACCGACGAGGACCUGUUGGCCCAGUGCCUGUUGUUCUUUUUCGCUGGUUUCGAGAUAAUCUCCUCAUCCUUGUGUUUCCUCACCCAUGAGCUUUGUCUGAAUUCCGAGGUGCAGGACAGGCUCUUUGAGGAGAUCCUAUCCGUUCACCAGGAGCUCAAUGGUCAACCCUUGAACUAUGACAAGCUGACCAAGAUGAAGUACCUGGACAUGGUGGUACUAGAGGGUCUGCGUAAGUGGCCACCAGCUAUUUCCACAGAUCGGGAAUGCUGCUCGGAUAUCGAAUUGUGCGAUGAGAAUGGUCAAAAGUUAUUCUCCGCCCGAAAAGGUGAUGUCCUGCAGAUACCCAUUUUUGCUCUGCACCACGAUCCUGCGAACUUUGAGGAUCCGGAGUCCUUCAACCCAGAGCGUUUUGCAGAGGAUCGCAGGGUUGAGCGAAGUGUUUUCCUGCCCUUUGGAGUGGGUCCUCGCAAUUGCAUUGGCAAUCGACUCGCGCUCAUGGAGAUCAAGUGUAUUGUCUAUCAAUUGGUGUUGAACUUCAGUUUAAUCCCGGCCGAAAAGACAACCCACAACUUGCUGGACGACAUCAGAGGACAUGGCCUUAAGCCCAAGGAUGGCUUUUGGCUGAAGUUCAAGCCACGUCAGUAAAAUGGCAUAUAUCUUAGCCAACUAAUCGCCUGCGGUUUUGCAAUUAAAGCUCGAAUGCAGCGCACAGAAA